GGCUAGCUGUUUAUUAACAGUUGCUUUAAUUGUGGUGCGUGUUUAUAUUAACGCUGCACUGUAAUAACGUGCAUUUUGUAAUAUCUCUCUCUAUAUAUCUAUAUAUAAUUAUUUCUAAUUAUUCCUGACUACCUGAUUUGUUUGGUCAUUAUUAAAGACAGGCGCGUUUAAUUCACAGUUUACCCAACUGGCUAAGCUUCGUUAGUGCGGCUAACGUUAGCAAACAGCUACAGCAAGAUGGACGAGCCUGCUGUUCCAUUAGCAAUCAAAGAUGACACUCAAAGCUCGACCUACAAUGUUAAAGACGAUGAAAACAAGGACCGUAAGGAGCCCGCAGACAGGGAUGGGCUUUUCUGCCAUCUGGAUUGUGGAGAAGCUUUCAGCGAGGAGGCGGCGUACUCGGAGCGUCCGCAUCAGCACCCUCCACAAAUUGGUUCGGAUGGUUUGCUGGAUGCUGAGAAAGACAAUGAAAAACUAUAUUUUUGCACUCUCUGCUCACUUUCAUUUACUGAAAAGAGUGAACUGCACUUACAUAUGAAGGACCACGUUCAGACCUCUCUGGAGCACUCUGAUGCUGGUAAUCCUGGAGCAACAAAACAGCGCGUCUACGAAUGUUCAGAUUGCGGCAAAUCUUACACAGUGAUUGGACACUUUCUUAACCAUCAGCGGUCACACAAACAGCCCUCCAAAUCGGUCUUUCAUGACCUAGAACAUUUAAAAAAGAAGUCUUUUCAGUGCGAGUCCUGUGGAAGGAGUUACUCUCGUUCUUCGGCCCUCGAUGCUCAUAGACGAUGCCAUGAAGAGAAGCUGGUGAAGUCCAAAAACCGGAGCUCUGGAGAAAUUGUUCAGGCUGUGGAGCCAGAAGCAACGCUGAGUGAAAAUCCAACAGUUGAGGAUAAUGAAAACCUGUUUAGAUGUUUGUGCGGCAAAGCUUUUUCUAACAUGAUGCGCCUGAAAACACAUCAGAGAUUCAGCCGCAACCCUCUUUGCUCUCCAGAGGAGCUGAAGCAAAAGCCAAAGAAAGGCUGUGGUGAGUUUCACUGCAGUGAGUGUAACAAGGCGUUCAAUGGCUACAUCGCCCUCUUUAACCAUCAGCGAUGGCACACUAAUCAAUCAGAUGAUCCGGCGAAAAAGUUCCCCUGUGAGGAAUGUGGAAAAGUAUUCAUGACUCUGACAUUCUACUACAGACACCAGCGCACUGCACACAGCGUUGAGACGCCUUCGAAAUCUUUUCACCAUCAAGUCUGUCAGCUCCAGAAGAAGGCAUAUGAAUGUAAAGAUUGUGGACUGAAAUUUUCCAGGCCUUCAGCUCUUCAGUCCCAUCAGCUUCAGCACACGGAUGUCUUUAAAGAAACUGAAAAGCCACCUUCAGAACCCCCUCUUCAGCCUCAGAGGAUAUCGGAGAAUAUACAGAAAGACAACGAGCAACAUUCAGCUGAAGGAGCGGUGGAACCAGAAACAUUCCCUCCUAGUGGUAUGGAUGGAGAACAGAAGAUAAACGAAACGGAUGAAGACCUGGAGAGUUAUGAGCCAGGGGACUUUAACGUACAGGUGAUCAGCCCAAGUGAAUCUGAAGACGAGGCUUUUCAAGAGCCGAACCCUGAUCUGGAGCUGCUGUGUGAAUCUGACCAGGAGCUGAGAGAGGAUGGAGAGUUUUCCCCUGAAAGUCUGGUUUCAAAAUCAGAAUUGGACCUUAAAAUAGUCCAGAUUGAUUUAGAGCAAAGCUCGCAGUGUGAACUAAUUGAAGGUGAAACCCUGCAAAAAACUGCAGAGGAGACGUUAGACUGUCCAGAUUGUUUUCGUUCAUUUAAUAAUCCCUCAUCGCUGCACGUACACGCAGCGUGGCAUGGUGUCCGUAGAAGACGACAGCAGAGUCAGUGUCGGUCAGAGGCAGGGACCGAUUGUGAGACGUUCCCUUGUGAAACAGAGAACAGUUUGUUGAAUCAGGCCAUACCGAGAUUGGAAGAAAAUACUUACGCCUGCAAUGAGUGCAGCCAGGAUUUCGCCCAGUCUUCUGCUUUAGUGUCCCAUCAGUUACAGCAUCACAAAAGAAAACAACACCAGUGCCAGCAUUGCGCCUCGUCUUAUUUGCAUGCAACCAGCUUGUUCAACCACUUGAAAAUCUGCAAAGCACAGAAGUCAGAGAGUAUAUUUGUGAGUAAGAAGGCAUACAAUCCAAAGAAAACCCUUCUGGGUCCAAAGAUUUUCCACUGUGAGCAGUGUGGGAAGGGUUUUUGGUCCUUAGGGGCAUAUUCUCAUCACAAGCAAAAUGAGAUGGAGUGCAUCAAUUUGAGGCUCAGAAGAGGGCUGUCGGGAUCUGCACACUCUAUCGGGCGCAACCGCUCCGGCAUUAAGGUGGCGUGCCCAGCGUGCGGCCGGAAGUUCCGCCAUAAAGGGAUCCUGGCACUGCACAUGCGAAAGCAUGAAAACGGAAACCACAAGUGCGAGAUCUGUGGUCGCUCUUUUCGUCUUUUUUCCAGCCUGGUCAGGCAUGAGGUGGUUCAUAGCGCCCAGCUGCUCCCGCCACCCGCUAAGUCCUUCCAGCAUCAGCUGGAGCAGCUGAAGAAAAACACAUAUAGCUGUCCUGACUGCGGGAAGCUGUUCUCACGGGCCAAAGCGCUACAGUUUCACAUGAAAAGCCAUGGCUACGAGACCAGCCACUCCCCGUCCUCAGCGAUAACACCGGAGGCUGUGAAGGACCUGCAGUGUUCGACAUGUUUAGCACAUUUCAGCAAGAAGUCGUCCUUAAGGGCUCAUCAAAAGCUUUGCAUUAAACGAUACGGAAAGGGAGAAGUGAAAACUGAGAGCGAUGCUUCAAAAGCGGAGUUUAUGGGUGUGGACUUACCAGAACCACCCGAGCAAAUCACUGAAGCGGGCGGUAAUGCACUGAAGAUGGGAAAACAUCAGAAAGAGAAGGAUUCAGGUUCAAAUAAUCUAAAGUACAAAUGUGAGAUUUGUUCUAAAAGUUUCUCAGUGGUUGGAGCCCUGAACGUUCAUAAAAGAGUUCAUACUAAAGGCUGCAAAGCAGUGGAAGAAUCAAACUCCGAUGUCUCUCUGUUUAAAAUGACCAAAAAAGAAAAGCAGAGUAGAAUGAAUAUCCAUUGCUUAGACUGUGGGAGGUGUUUCACCACAAAGGCAGCGCUUGGCUCCCACAAACGAUGGCACAGGAAUAAGAAGUGUUCUCCACCUUCACUUGGAGAAGACGUCUUCAAUUCUGUUGAUCAAAAGACUGAAGGCGGAGGGUUUAUGUGUGAGAAAUGUGGCAAACAUUUCUUUAACAGUCACGUCCUCCAGCGCCAUCGGAUCUUUAAUCCUCGGUGUCUGACCAGAACUGAUCCAGAUACAAACACAGAUCUGGAGAGAGACAGAGCAAUGGAAAAGUUUUCAUGUCUGGAAUGUGACCAAACGUUCGGGCAAGUUUCACUCCUGGUUAAUCAUUUGGAUGAGCAUCGUAAAGUUUUGGAGACAGGAGAGCCUUCAGAUCCUGCCUCAGAGCCCCCUGAUGGAAGUGAAUCCGUGCCAUCAGCCUUAAAGAUUAAAACUCAUCAAUGUCCUGUCUGUUCCAUGACUUUUGAAAAAGCCAGAGGUCUUCGUGCUCAUAAAUGGCAGGCCCACGCAGAGAGCAAAAAAAGCAAAAACAAGCCACCUCAGAGUGGUAAAGUUGAACAAAUGGCUUUAGAAGACAAAGUGGACCAGUCUGAGCACUGUGUAAACACUUAUAGAGAAAUAGAGGAAGCUAAACCCGAUCCCCAACCCGUAAGAUCUGACCCAUGUCUCGAUACCCAGACAUUGCCUGGCUCUGCUGAGGCUUCUCUUAACACAGUAUGUAUAGAGUUCAAACAGAAUUUAGAAACUGCUGAAGCCACGGAUGAGGUUUCCUCGCCGCUCAGCCGUUUUUCUGAGCCUGCAGUGAAAUACCUCUUCAGGUGUGAUAAAUGUGGCAAAGCUUUUCAGACCGAAGAGCAUUUGGAAGGCCACAAGAACAAAGCGAAGAGUCGACCUUACUGCUGCGCUCUGUGCUGCCACGGCUUCUGGACGGAGAAUCAGCUGCAGCAGCACCUCAUCUGGCACGACGAGGUGCGCUGCCGCCUCCCCAACGAGGUGCGCUUAUGGCUCAGCUCUGCUGAGACCUCAAAGCUUUUGAAAAAAAACUUUGCCAACGCCACCGAUGGCAGAGGAAAGCUUCCCCCACCCUCUGCUGCGAGCCAACCCUGCCUUGACUCCACCGGGCUUUCGAGACACAGCUGCAGAUGCAAACUUUGUGGCAAAGCCUUUCAUUCGCCGACAGCCUUACAGAAACACAGAGUGCAGUGCAGCAGCAUGUCGUACUGCUGCUCUGAUUGCCCCAGGGUAUUCAGCGGCAUACAGGAGUGUUUUGAUCAUCAACAGGGUUCACCAGGAUCUAUACACGGUCUCCCUGGGAACAAAACCUCAUUCGAAGACCCAAACUUCCCUAAUCUACCUUGAAUGUUGAACUCCUGCACCAGCAUCUUACAGAGCAUGCUCUUAAGUAGAACUCUGCAGAUUUAUUUUAGUUCUUCUCUCUGCACCUUUGUGAUGUUUUAGGCCCUCUAUUCUCAGGCUUUCCUUUACACUGGACCAGUAUCACUGUAAAUGUGAAUGUACAACUGCUCUUAUAAGCUCCUAGUGAUUUCCUUUUAGCCAGUUAACCUCUUAUUGCAAGUGGAUGAAUGUUUGCUCAGCCUUUGUGGGGAAAAAAUUAUCUUUAGUGUUUGUGUUCUCAGAGAGAACAAUAGGUUUUAUUAACUUGCCAAUCCUUAUUGAAUUAAAACUUUAAAAAAGGAAAUGCUGCCCUCAAAAGAUGCACUGCUAAUUUAAAGUUAAUAAAAUAUCUACAUAAUUCCUGCUGUGGAUGUUUUUUUUUGUGGAAAAAAAAAGCACUUGUAUAAAUAUAUAUUUUGCAGCAAGUCUCACUGUAUUGAAACGGUUUUGGAACAUUUGAUUCAUAAACUUAAAAAGUGUCAUUUUCAUUUUUCAUUAUAGCUGUCUAAAGCUUUGUUGUUAAAUGACUUUCUAAAUGUGCUUUUCAUGUUUUCUGAAGGAUUGUUGUAAAAUAGAAAAGGUUUAGUUAUUAAUAUAUAUCAGAUUUAUGCUUUUCUUUUUAUGUCCAAUGUUUCUUUGACUGUUUAGUUUGCUGCUUCAGAAACAAAAUAAGAUAAAAGUGUUUAAAUCUUACAGAGUCGUGUGGUUGAUUGACUUGACCUCAAUUUUUUUUUCCUGAGAUUUUUAUCAUUCAUGAUGGUUCCUGCACUAUUGUCGAAGUUGUUGUUCUGUGGCCAGAAAUAUUUUGGGGAAUUAAGCACCUAUAACCUCGGUGACCUUUAUAAAAGUGUCUGGUUGUUCUGAAACCUCUCAGAUGUAAAAAGAAAAACUGCGGAUGUUAAAUUGACUGUUUAUCAUAAAUGAUUUUUCAUUAUAGGCCUUGUUGUGGUUUUAAUCUGAAUCCUCUUUGUGUCUUAGACUUCGAAAUGAUCCUCGGUUGUCAAAGAUUAUAGAUCAGAGAGGUUGAUGGUUUCAUAACCAAAAAUUAGACCUAGGUUAUUUAUUCCUAUCCCAGUCAAUACUUAAAUGGAAACCAUGCCACUAGAUCAUGUUGCUCCAAUCAG